AAGCGUUAGUAACAUUGGCAUUUGCUGGAUCAAUUGGCAUGACUUUUGUCAUUUUGGCCUGUGCACUACCUCAGUUCAAUAAGUUAUGGUGGCCUUUUUUUGUAGUCCUCUUUUAUAUAUUAGCCCCAAUUCCAACAUUAAUAUCAAGAAAGUACUCUGAAGGAGGAUCAAGUAAUUCUUCCUUAGAAACUGCCAUUUUCAUUACAAUGGGUUUUAUAGUAAGCGCGUUUGCGUUACCUAUUGUUUUGGCAAGGGCCACAAUUAUACACUGGGCUGCUUGUUAUCUCACACUUGCAGGAAAUGUGGUCGUUUUUCUUACUUUAGUAGGCUUUUUCUUAACUUUCGAUCAGGAUGAUUCUGAUUACAGCAUGUGGUAGAGGGUAUUUAUACCUAACUAACUUUAAGUGAUGAAGUAUUGUACUCAUACUUAUUAAUAUAUUAAUGUAAAACUAGUGUAUUUUGUAAACUAAAUAAAUAUGUUAAUUAUGUACAUAAAGAA